AUGGACGCCAUCUUCAGACAUGGCCUUUACAAGCUCCGAAAAUCCGUCGUGCGUCCAAGCGUUUCUUGCUCGACGCCCAGAAACCACAACUCUUCGCCUAUACCACCCAAGCUUCACCAGACGUCCUUUCUCGAUGGCAUGCGAGGCGUGGCCGCCCUGAUUGUGGCCCUGUUCCAUACAGGCUGGGCCUACGACGCCGGCAUCGAACAGGGCUACCGCUCCGACGGCCCGAGUUCCUUGAUUUUGCAGCUUCCAUUUCUGCGGCUGACACAUGCCGGCCACGCCAUGGUCUGUGUCUUUUUCGUCAUCGGCGGCUACGUGAAUGCCGUGCAGCCGAUACGCCUGAUGUACGAGGGGCAGUGGGACAAGCUGUUGGUGUCGGCGAGCUCGAGCGCGAUGCGCCGCGGAAUCCGCCUCUACCUGCCGGCUGUCGUGGCGAUGCUCGUGUCCGCCAUCACCGUACGCCUGGGGUGGUGGGAUGCUUCGCGGGCCAACAUUGAAGCCCACAUGUUCGGAUAUCCCGACUUUCACCCAUAUCGCCAGCCAACCAUGUCUGCGCAGUUGGCAGACUGGUGGCGUCACACGGCGGAUCUCCUCAACCUCUGGGACUGGGGGCUACAUUUGCCCGUGUACGAUCCGCACCUGUGGACGGUGCCCGUGGAGGUGAGGAGCUCCCUGGUCCUGAUGCUGGUCCUCGUCGCCUUGAGCCGCUGUCGUCCUGUGGCCCGCUGGCUUCUCCUCUUGCUGCUGAUGCUGUUCAGCGCCAGCCACGGUCGCUGGGAGGUGCUUUUGUUUCUUGCAGGGGCCUUGAUUGCCGAGGCAAACUUGCGCGGCCGUCAAGAAUGCGACACGCUACCAAUGGCCGCCGAAGGCCAGUUGGACAAGGAGUCGGACGCGGGCUGCCAACUGCUGGCGACGGCUGCCAGGGGCAGAAGAGAUGCAUUGUGUGCCGUCGUCUUUCUAGGAGGCCUAUACAUGCUCUCAGCGCCAGACGUGCACACCGGGGAGUCGCCCGGAUAUGUCAUCAUCUCGUCCGCCGUGCCACGGAGUUUCGGAGACACAAAGAGGAUUGUUCACGGGGUCGGGGCGGUCAUGGCCACAUGGGCCAUCUCUAGGUCGUCGGUGCUGCAGAGGCCCUUCCUGAUGCGGCUGCCUCAGUAUCUGGGCCGGAUCAGCUAUUCGUUGUAUAUCGUCCACGGCCCCAUGAUGCACGUGGUUGGAUACACGGUGACGCCGGCCUUGUGGGCAUGCUUUGGCAGAGACACCCCGUCCCGGUGGCUGCUGGGGGUUGUUCUGGGAAACGCAUUCACAUACGUCCUGAUAUUCGCCGUGUCCAAUCUCUUCUGCACGUGGGUAGAUGCUUCGUCGGGCUGCGCACUCAGGACUUUGACGCUCACUGCGAAAGAAUGGCGACGUGAGUUCAAGUUACCGAUCCCCAGCUCACUCUACCGCAGUACCCAACCGAGCUCGCACCACACCACAUCAGAUUGCUCAGGUUCCAUUUGCCUCGGCAGCCAUGCUGACAGUGGUCAUCUUAGCACCGUAAGCAUCUUGUCGCUGCCCUUUCGGCGAUCGACGCAGCUGUCUCUAGCUUCCGUCAUCCGACAAUACAUCAACGGCAAGUAUGACCAGCAUCCAGACAUGUUCAAACAGGACCUCGAGGUCAUCGAUGCUCUGCGUCAAGAUGCCAUCCACGUUCGCGAGCCACACUCGAGUGGCAUCAAGAAGCUUCAAGCUUAUGCGGGACAACUGGCUUGGAUAGGAGGCAAAUUUCCCAUCGAUAUUGGCGCGGAAUUCACCUGGUAUCCUGCCCUGGGUUACAACACUGAGCGACCCCUGGUGCGAAACAACUUGAAAUAUGAGCUCCUCAACGUUCUUUACAACCUGGCAGCCUUGUACUCGCAGAUCGCGGUCAACACGCCUCGAGGGACGUCCGAAGGCAUAAAAACGGCCGCCAACCAAUUUUGCCUCGCCGCCGGAGUGCUUUCCCACAUGAAACAAGAAAUCGUUCCCUUCCUUCGAAUGUCCGAUCCUCCAGAGGAUAUGGAUGAACAUACGUUGGAAUCCCUCAUCCAGCUGUUUCUUGCCCAGAGCCAAGAGUGCUUUUGGCAGAAAGCUGUUGUCGAUGGUUACAAGGAUGCGUCGAUAGCAAAGUUGGCCGCUAGAGUAUCCGACCUAUACAAUUUGGCGGGAGAAGCCGCCAUGAAGAGCGAAGCCAUCAGCAGUGCCUGGAUCCACCACAUGACUGCCAAGCACCACCACUUUGCUGCUGCAGCCCAGUAUCGUGCUGCCUGUGACUGCCUCGAAAAGAGGAAAUAUGGAGAGGAGGUCGCCAGGCUGAGAGAUGCUGUUGCUUGUGUUGCAGAGGGUCUCAAGGAAACCAAAGGCGGUUAUCUCAACAAGAGUGUUGUCGACGACCUGAACGGGCUCAAGAGAAAGGUGGAGGAGGACCUCAAGAGGGCCGAGAAGGAUAACGAUAUGAUAUUUCUGAACCCCGUUCCACCCAAGUCGGAGCUCAAGUUCCUCGAGAGAGCCAACCUGGCAGUGGCUCGUGUGCCGCCUCAAGUGGCCAACCCGUUCGACUUCCUUGGCGACCGAGCGGAGUUUGGCCCGGCGUUGUUUUCCAAGCUGGUGCCUUUAUCUGUUCAUGUCGCCGUUUCCAUAUACGAAGAACGCCGCGAUCGGUUGGUCAACCAAAAUAUCAUCCAGGACUUGGAAGUUCUCAAUGACAAGAUCCACUCCUUGUUCAGCGCCAUUGGCCUCCCUGGCUCGCUACAGGCUUUGGAAAAGCCUCUUGGCUUGCCCCCAAGUCUAGUGCAGCAUGCCGAGGAAUUAAGACAGGCAGAUGCGAUAGGGAGACUUCGAAAGAGUUUUACCGACAUUGACAAGCUACGGGCCGCCGACAUUGCCAUCUUUGAGGAAGGUAAAUUGGCCCUGGCAGCCGAAAAGGAAGAGGACCAGAAGGCGAGGAGGAAGUAUGGAACCGAUCGGUGGACACGACCAGAAAGCCAGAGUGACGCCCAAGGCGGAAAGCUGUGGGGACACGCUGGUGAGAUUGAAGGGUAUUUUGCGAGCAGCGCCAGCAGCGACGGUGUCGUACGGGAAAAGUUUACCGCCAACGAGGGUCUGCUACACAUUUUGUGCGGAUCGGACAGGGGCCUGAUGGAUUUCGUGCCAUCGAGCUCGCAGCGGGACACGAACCCCGAGCUGAAGGCAUCCGUCGGCAAACUACGGAGUGCAUACAACGACAUCCUCAGGCUCGAAAGCAGAAGAAGGAAAAAGGUCGAGGCGCUGCGCGAGAAUGCGCGCAAAGACGACAUCAAGCCGGAUAUCCUGAAGGAGGCUGCCAGGUUAGAGAGAACGUACCCUUCGACUGCGAUUGUUCCGGCUCACUUUGAGGACUUUUUCGAAAAGCGCCUGGAUCAGUUAUAUGAGCCCGAGCUGGACGCUCUGGACAAAGAGUCGGCCGAGCAGGAAAGACUGCUGAAGGAGGUGGAACGGGCAAACGCGGAAUUCGAGGCCCAGAAACGCAGAUGCGGCGACCGAGGGUCUCGAGAGCGAGAACAGGCAUUGCAGAAGCUGGAUAGUGCAUAUUUCAAGUACAAGGAAAUCAUCAACAACCUAGAAGUGGGCAGGAAGUUUUACAACGACCUGAACAAGAUUGUCGGGCAGGGUUUCCGAGAUGUCGUCAAAGGCUGGGUCGCACAACGGCGCAUGGAGGCCAGGGUGCUGGAAGAAGAACUCAGCAUGCCGCCACUGUCGACGCUCAACUUGUCCCACAACCACACGCCCUUGCAAAGAUCUUUGAGUUCUUCGGCCGCAACGCAGUACCGACCACGACAGCCUUCUUACUUUGCACCUGAGCCGGUCGCACCGCAACAUGCAACGUUGCCCCAGGGACAGCACGAGCAUGCAACAAGGCAGCCGAUGUCGAACCCGGUUGAAGCGUCGAUACAGUCUUGGGCCGGGGAUACGGUACAGCAGCCACAACCCAUGGCGCCGCAGGCAACAAGCCCAAUGACGACCAUGUGGAAUCCGGCCAUGGGGAUCAAAUUUGGCGGCAGUACUACCAGUGGUCCGCCGGCACCAGGGACGGAUCGCGGACAACAAGCAGGCAGCGGAUCAACAACCUGGAAUGCCGCGUCGGGCAUCAAGUUUGGCUGA